AUGAUGAGUUCUCUCCGACUGGAAAUUCAGGAUGGCAGCACCUCAGGGCUUGGCACUGCUACAGGCCUGAUGACAAGUUUCCAUAAUCCUCUCCUCUACACAGAUUCAGUUGAAUUUAUGUGGUCUGAGUAUCUUUUGGAAAAUGUGCUCUCACUGACGCGACAAGUGGCUCAUCUACAAGAGCAGCUUUCAGAACGAGAGGAGGAGCUGGGUGACUUGAAAGCAGAGCGAAACAACACGAGGGUAUGUCUUUUAGCCACGAUAAAGGUGCAGAACCACAAGAAUUCUGCCAUUCAUCAAAGGCAUUACUAG